AUGGCUGUGAAAAUAUUUAUCAUUAGUGUUGUUGUUUCUUGUGAAUGGUGGUUUGGAAUAUUAGCAAUGUCUAUAUCGUUAUUUCAAUUUCAAAAUAAAACAGUCAGUACUGAUUCACAGCAUUCAACAAUACACUUUCCAAUUGACAUGGUUUAUCAUGAACAUCCGUAUCCAUUUGCAAUUAAACGCAACUUUCUAGAACAGAAUUUGUUUUCUGAAUUGGCAAGAGACUUUCCAGCAGUACCAGAAAGUGUUGUAAAGAAAAACAAUUCGAGAGGAAACAAGUCUGUUUUUUUCAACACCACUGAAUAUGAUCUUAUUUUAAGAACCUCAGAAGCUUGGAGACGCUUGCAUUACUUUGUUCAUUCACAAGCAAUGAUUGAUUAUGGAAUGAAGUUCUAUGGUCGCCCCCUUCAAGAUCAUCCAGAAUGUAUAUUACAUGUCGACAAAGCUACUUAUAAAGACUUUAUUGAAAAUCAUUUUAUGGUAAAAGAUUCUGUUUUAUUCGAUCACCGGUAUCAAGUUCAGCUAGGUCGAUCCAUUGAGAUCGAAGGCAAACGUUAUGAUCGCAAUACACUCUUCUCAAGAAUGGAUUUCUUUCAUGGUCCCCCAGAACGGUACCAUCUAGGGCCUCAUUUGGAUUGGCCUCAUCGAGUCUUCACUAUUUUAAUUUACUUUACCGACACAAACAGUACUACUGGUGGAGCUCUUAGGAUUUUGGAGAGGAACGGCGAUGGAAAUUUUAGAACGAUUGAAACAGUGUAUCCGAAACUUAAUACGGCGGUGAGUUUUCUAUCUGCAUUACCUUCUGCUUGGCAUGAAGCUGAAAUCUUCAGAGGACCUGGCUUUCGUAAGCUUAUUCAAAUUCAAGUAUCUGCUCAUUACAGUGUCUGUCGCUCAGACUCAUCAUCUAUACGUCAUCCAAAGCCAUAA